AUGGCGACUUCUUCUUCUUCCGCCCCUUCGGAAAGGGUCUACCGGAGCUGCGACGUGUCCACGAGCGUGACAAUAGAUGUUUCGGGCUUGCACGGAAGAUUUGCCGCAAGUGAAGGAGAGAAGAAAGAAGUUCUCGUUGGAGUUCGAAUUCUUUCUUCCUCCGCAACGAACUCAAACUCCAACAAUCAAGAAAACUUUACGGAGCUGACAACGUCUACCUCCACGAGAACCUCUUUAUACCAAAACGGCUGCGCUAUUUUCCAAGAGACGAUUGGAUUCCCUAUGAAAGUGAACGAUUUGCCCUCGGAUUCAGUCUUGGAAUUAUCUUUAGUUGACUGUAAUCACCAUAACCAGAAGAGCAGGACACAGCCUCGUAUUGGUGAAAAACAACCAAACAGAGGAGCCGGAGGAGGAACGCGCACGAGGAACAAGAACAACGAACGAGAUUUAUCCGUAAUAGGUUACGCGCGCAUUAGAUUAUUCGACGAAGCAACAGGAAAGCUCGUCCAAGGGCAGAAACGGCUGCCUUUACAGCUCUCUUCUUCUUCUUCUUCUUCUCCUUCUUCUUCGAGCAGAACGAGCGAGCUGUUCAACGCUGGGGGCGAGACGAAUACCAACAUCUCCUCUUCACCUCAGGAGGAAUCUACCACGGAAAAAGAACUCAUCGUAUUCACAGAAGAACUCGAGCGAUUCGAGGAAAUGCUUUCGAAGUACGAGCGAGGCGAAGUGCCGCACGUUUCUUGGCUCGACAAGAUGACGUUUUCGAGAAUACAGGAAAUGCGCAAGGCGAGACUGGAAGAGUUGGAGGAGAUGAGCUGUUACGUCGAACUUCACGUGGAAUUCCCAACGUACGCGCUACCUAUCAUUUUUAGCGAAGAAGUAGUAUCCGAUAGUGUGAAUAAAUCCAGGAAGAAGAAUUGGGAAAGCCUCGUGUGGCUCAUCGACGAAGAGAUAGCCAUUGAGACCCAAAAUCCCUCUGAGAUCAUGCACUACGAGUUGACGAGAAGUCACGGAAGAGAAGUUGUCGAUAAAGAUUUGAAACCAAACGCAGGAGAGAAGGCUCGAUUAGCCAUCGCAAUGUCCUCUCCGAUUACGAGGAAAAUGGAUAUGGACACCCAAAACUUGCUCUGGAAGUUUCGAUACUCGCUGAGCUCUGAUCCGCGAGCGCUUACAAAGUUUCUCAAAAGCGUCGAUUGGAACGAUAAAGACGAAACGAAAGCAGCGAUUGGUUUGAUGCAUCAGUGGACACCCAUCGGUCCUGCAGCUGCUUUAGAAUUGCUUACACCGCAUUUCAAAAAUAUCGACGUCCGAAGCUAUGCUGUGGGUGUUUUAUCGCGAGCAGAGGACGAUGAGAUUCUAGUUUAUUUGCUCCAGCUCGUCCAAGCGUUGCGGUAUGAACCUUCGGAUGAUUCCGUCUUGUCUAGAUUUCUCAUCUCCCGAGCGCUUAAAAACGAAGUUUUGGCGAGUUUUUUGUACUGGUUCCUAGUCGUUGGUUUUGAAAACCCGAGCUUUGAGCGACGUGCCAUGGCGACUCAUCAGAUGUUUGAGCAAGCCUGUCACGACCUGGGACCGAAAGGGACGCAACAGUGGAUAGCGCUGAAACGACAGGGCGUGUUGAUUGAACGCUUAACUUCAAUCACCGUUGACAUUUUGAACUUAAGAGGCGCGAGGAAGGUUGAAAGACUCCGGGCUAUUCUGAACGGGCAAGGCAUAGGAACGGAGUUGACAUAUUUCACGCACAACAUACCGCACUUGUUGGAUCCUUUAAUCAGUUUAACUGGAAUCAACUCCGAGGAAAGUUUCGUGUUUAAGAGUGCCUUGAGUCCAUUGAAACUCGCGUUUCGAGACAUCAACGAUGAAACCCAAAACGUCAUAUUUAAAAGAGGCGACGAUUGUAGACAAGAUCAGCUGUGCGUGCAGUUGAUUCAGCUCAUUGACAAGUUAUGGAAGCGAGAAAAUUUGGAUUUGCGACUGACCACGUAUCGCGUCUUGGCCACUUCCACCGAAAUUGGUUUGAUUGAAUUCGUGAAAUCUUCUGCUAUAGCUGACAUUUUGAAGGAGCACGACAGUCUCCGCGCGUACAUCGCUAUUCACAAUCCGGAUCCGAAAGGACCGGGAGGGUGCACCAUGCAGUCAAUGCAAAAUUUUGUUAAAUCGUGCGCGGGAUAUUCAGUCAUCACGUAUUUACUCGGUGUUGGUGAUAGACACUUGGAUAAUUUGAUGCUCACGAAAGACGGAAAGCUCUUUCACAUCGAUUUUGGAUACAUGAUGGGCAGAGAUCCGAAGAUUUCUCCCCCGAGUAUAAAAAUCAGUAAAGAAAUGGUAGACUGUUUGGGAGAGUUCAUGGACGAUUACAAACGGUAUUGCGUCGAGGCGUACAACUUGUUGAGAAAGCCGCACUGCGUGACGUUGAUUUUGAACUUGUUCGAAUUGAUGGCCGAUUCGGAUUUACCGGAUUUACGAGGUGAUGCCGGCGCGAAGUUGGAGGCAAAGUUUGCGAUUGACUUGGACGACGAAGCCGCCGGGACACACUUCAUACAAGAGAUUCAACGAAGUAUGAAUGCGUUAUUUGAUCCUUUGUUUGAGCGAAUACACGCGGUAGCGCAGAGAAUGCGCUAA